AACUCAAGUUUAUUCUGAAGUAUGUCUCUAUUGGUGUAUAAAAGUCGAGUGUUUUUUUCUUUGAUCCCUUUGAAUCCCGUUUAAAACACCAUAUAAAAGACACAUGCACAUAAUGAUGAUUCAUUGAAACAAUUGGACCAUAUAUUUACUUGUUCAACAACUUUGAAAGAAUUUUUGGACUUUGAAAAAAAAAAUUUAAACUUUAAAAAACCCGUUCAAUUUGUCAUCUUAUCAAUGUCUUCGAUUAAUCAUUUGAUAAUGCAAACAAAAAUGGCUCUAAUUAAUUCAAAUGAUGGUGAUACUGUCGCAGUCACCGUCGCCGGUGAUGAUGAUUAUCAUGAUCAUCAUUUUGUAACAUCAUUAGCUAAAGCCACAAUCGCAUCAUCAUCAUCUAUAAAUCAACCAACGAUGGAUGAUGCUGGUAACCAUAACAAUCAACAACAACAUAUCGAACAAUCAUCAUUUGUACCGAAUGAAUUGAUAGCAAAAAGUUUUGCUAAAUAUUAUCCAGAGGAAGCAAACUUUUGGAUGUAUGCCAUGAUUGUAUUAGGAUUGGCUUUUAUUGUAUUUGUUGCCAUUACUAUCUAUAAACUUUGCCAACCAGAAAAAGAUGGCCGUUCAUUAAAACAACAAAGAUCUGGAUCUGUACCUGGAACGAUGACUGUAGGUCCACCGCCGACGACAAUUGUUUCCUAAAUAAAAAAAAAUUCUGGAUUCUGGACCAAAAAAAAAAAAAUUUUUUUUCGUUCGAUUCAUUCAAAUCGUGUCAUA